AUAAAAAUGCUCGACUCGCUGACGUUUCUGUUUGAGAAGUUCUUUCUUCUCUCCAGCUUGAAUGUGUUUAAGAGUCUGUGGCGGGAGGAUCCGGUGAGAUGCCCGGUGCUCCGGAGAGGAGACCUGCUGGAGGUGCAGCGCGCGCUCUUCAUUCAUUACGGCAUCUGUCUGGGAGAGAACAGGGUGGCACACCUGAUGCCUGACAUCAUGCCCGUCCUAACCAGAGACAGACAGCUCAUUAAACCAGUCGUCACUAACAAAAGACUCAUUUUAGGCUGCAUUUACAGAACCGCGAGCAUUCGCGUCGACUCGGUCGAAGACUUCGCAUACGGUGCUCAGAUUCUGGUGAACGAUAUGGAUAAGAAAGUGAAGUGGAAAGCGCUGGCGAGCGAAGAAGUGGCGAGGAGAGCAGAGAAGCUGGUCGGUGACUUUCCCUACAGUUUAUUAUGGAAUAACUGCGAGCAUUUCGUGACGUACUGCAGGUACGGGACAGCUGCGAGCCAGCAGACAGAGAAGUUCUGUGACUGUCUGAAAUCCAUCAUUCGGGACCAGAGGAGUGUGGCCUUAACUGUUGGGAUAGGAGUGAUGUACAUCCUGUGCUUCGGCCUGGCGCCUUCAACUACGUUACCCACAAUCCUUAUUCCCUUUAUUCUGUGGAUGGCUGGCUGAGAGACACUUUCACUGCAUCACAUAAAACAACUAAGCCCAGCUUUAAAGAGGACACGUACACAACAAAGCAAUGCAUCAGUGGAAUAUGGCUGUGUAAACAUGCCAAG